AUGCAAGGUGAUAUUUACUUGGUUGUUUUUCUUUCGAUUCUAAUUGUUCAAAUCGAUGGAGUUCCUCGUUUUGCCAAUUAUUAUCAAGAUCAUAUGGUGUUACAAAGAGAACCUCAACGCGCUUUAGUUUGGGGUUAUGGCGAUGCGAAUAAAUUAACAAGCUUAAAAAUUGGAGGCAAAACCUACGAAACUGUCAGUCGAUCAGAGUCCGCGGACAAUUUCGGCGAAGGUACAUGGUCGGUAACACUUGAUCCUGUUGAUGAUGAAGGUCCUUAUGAUAUUCAAGUGUCUCAACCAUUGACGAAUGGAACAUUGACGACAAUCACUCUUCAUGAUGUUCUUUUCGGUGAUGUUUGGCUUUGUUCAGGACAGUCCAAUAUGCAAAUGACAGUGAGAGAUAUUUUCAAUGCAACAGAAGAAAUAGCCAAUGCAGAAAAAUACCCGAAAAUACGUGUAUUCACUAACGGACGUACACCUUCGUCUACACCUGUAGAAGAAUCAAUACAAAUUGUACAAAAAUGGUCAAUCGCUUCAUCUUCAAGUAUUGGUGGCCCAUCAUGGACAUAUUUUUCAGCUGUUUGUUGGCUUUAUGGUCGAAUGAUUCAUGAAGCAUUGGGUGGAAGACCAAUUGGACUGAUUGCAACGAGUUAUGGUGGUACAGCAAUUGAAUUAUGGAUGCCACAAGAUGCCUUUCUAAAAUGUUAUCCACCAUCACUCAACUCGAAGAGAAUGGCUGAUCCGAUGACAAAUUCAAGUUUAUAUAACGGAAUGAUUCAUCAAUUUACACGAAUGGUUAUCUAUGGUGUUAUUUGGUAUCAAGGUGAAUCAAAUAGUGGAAGAAACAAUGAUAAAUAUGUGUGUACAUUUACAAAUCUGAUUCAAUCGUGGAGACAAAUAUGGAAUCAACGGACAAAUGGAAUAACAAAUCUUCAAUUUCCAUUUGGUUUUGUUCAAUUAUCAACCAAUAGUAAUACAACAACAUUUUAUGGUUUUCCAUGGAUUCGUUGGCGUCAAACAUUUGAAAUUGGUUAUGUACCGAAUAAUAUUGUUCCAAAUGUCUUUAUGGCUGUGGCUUUAGAUUUACGUGAUGAUCCUUUUGAUGUUCAUCCUCGAACAAAACAUGACGUCGCUUAUCGAUUAUCACGGGCAGGUUUAGCAGUUGCUUAUGGACAAACCGUUGAAUUUCAGGGUCCAAUUGUCGCGAAUGUCACUUAUAACUCGGCCACAAACGCAAUUAUUUUUCGAUAUACAGCAGUGAAGUCGAUUGAAGUGAGAAAUACAAAUGGAUUUCAAGUUUGUUGUCAAGGAACACAAUGUCGAAAUGAUAAUAAUUGGAUAUCUGCAAAUAUCAUCAGUAGUGAUGCACUGAGUGUGACUGUCAAAGCACCGGCUGUGUGUGAUUCGAAAGUACUUUAUGGAGCGCGUUAUCUUUGGUUAGAAACACCAUGUCUAUUCAAACAAGCAGCAAUUUACAGUUCAACAGAUUCCAAUUUACCGUCACCACCUUAUUACAAAGUCUUUUGA